AUGGCCGACCGACCACCCCACCAUCGUGGCGGCCGAGGCGGAGGCGGCGGCGGGAACUACCGUGGAGGGCGGGGGGGAGGUGAAGGCCGCGGCGGACGCGGUGGAGGACGAGGUGGCGGGGCUUCGGGCGACCACCACGAGCGCGAGCGCCCCAAGAAGGAGAACAUUCUUGAUUUGGGCAAAUACAUGGACAAGCGCAUCACAGUCAAGUUCAACGGCGGCCGCGAGGUGACGGGCACGCUCAAGGGCUAUGAUGCCCUGAUGAACUUGGUGCUGGACGACGGGCGUGAGGUGGUUCGAGACGACGAAGGCAACGACAGUACUCGAGGCCUGGGCCUCGUCGUCGCGAGAGGCACGCUUCUCGUCGUCAUCAGUCCCUGCGACGGCAGCGAGGAAAUUCCAAACCCGUAUGCGCAGCAGGAUGAGGAUUGA